GGAAAUUCCACGUGCUUUCCUUUUGGGAACUACUUAUAGUAUAUUCAUCCGCAUGUUAUUGUAUACUUUCACAUUUGCAUUUGAAUCCGUCGUUAAAAUACAAUAUUGUACUGUAAUUUGAAUCAAUCAUUUAUAAUAUUAUUCAAGUGCGAUGACAUUUACACAUAUUAUAGAUUGAGGGUUCAUUUUUAAAAUCAUUUUUUGUCACGGGAGUACUUCCGCUAACAACUUCCAAGGUGUUCCUAGGCAUGAUCUAGCAUUUAAACUUUCUUAAAAAGUUGAAUUUUCUCGUAAUUAUAAGCAAUUAUGACGGAUAUCACAUCUGAAAAUGGCUUGCAGCUUGGUAAGAAACUGUGUGAAGGCAAGACAAAGGCUGUGUAUGAGAUCCCAGAGUUGCCUGGCCAGGUAUUGUUGAAGUCAAAGGACAGGAUAACUGCUGGAGAUGGGGCUAGGGCACAUGAUCUGGAGGGCAAGGCUGCUAUAUCUACCUCUACAACCUGUAAAAUCUUUAAAAUCUUGGCUGAUGCAGGAAUCAAGACCCACUUCAUCAAGCAGCACAGUGAAACAUCCUUUAUUGCUCAGUCUAUGGACAUGAUCCCUAUAGAGUGGGUGACAAGGCGCAUUGCUACUGGUUCUUUCCUAAAGAGAAAUGUAGGUGUGAAGGAGGGAUAUAGGUUCUGUCCACCUAAACAGGAGACAUUUUAUAAGGAUGAUGAGAACCAUGAUCCCCAAUGGUCGUACGAACAAGUCCUAGAGGCAAAGAUGCAACAUGGAGGUCGAGUCAUCAACAGAGACGACAUUGACAUCAUGAGUCACACUACUGUUUGUGUGUUUGAAGUCCUUGAGAAGAUGUGGAGGUCCUUAGAUUGCAGUCUUAUUGAUAUGAAGAUUGAGUUUGGUGUGAAUAACCAAGGAGAGAUUCUACUGGCUGACAUCAUAGACAGUGAUUCAUGGAGACUGUGGCCAGCAGGGGACAAGAGAUUGAUGAAGGACAAGCAGGUCUACAGGAACCUACAGGAUGUCACACCUGAAGCAUUAGGGACUGUCAAGAGGAACUUCCAAUGGGUGGCUGAUAAACUCAAUGAACUGAGAAUAAAGCCUAAUGCUAGAGCAGUUGUAUUCAUGGGGUCUCCAUCAGAUAUGGCCCAUUGUGAGAAAAUACAAACCUACUGCGGAGAAUAUGGUGUACCAUGUGAACUGAGAAUCUCAUCUGCACAUAAGGGAACUGAUGAAACAAUGAGCAUAUUAGCUGAUUAUGAAGGUGAAGGUAUCCCUACAGUGUUCAUAGCAGUAGCUGGACGUAGUAAUGGAUUGGGACCUGUUCUCUCAGGGAAUGCAACCUGGCCAGUGAUUAACUGCCCCCCUGUGAAGGCUGACUGGGGCCCUGAGGACAUCUGGUCAUCUCUUAGACUACCCUCAGGCCUGGGUUGUACUACAGUGAUUGCUCCAGAGACAGCCGCACUACAAUCUGCUCAGAUCCUUGCGCUGAACGACUACAUGGUCUGGAGCAAACUGAGAGCGAAGAAACUGAACACAUGGAUUGGCUUGAAACGCGCCGAUCAGAAAAUCAGGCUCGAUUGACAAUAGAUGGCACUGUUAAAAGAGAAGCAAAAAAUAAUUACACAUUCAUUUAGUUUUCUUCACUAAUAUAACAUUAUGUUUCGUUUUUUAACCAAAGUUAUAUAAGAAGCCUGUAUCAUCAUCAAUCAUCAUUAUCUUUGAAUGUGUAUAUGCAUAUUUGUAUGCUGACCCAUACAAAUCUCUCAUUAAGUUUCCCUACCAGGCACACCUUGAAUUGUGAAGAAAGACUACAUGAAAAUGUAACUAUUUUUACUUCAUUAGGAUAGGGACCACACAACUCUCACACAAAGAAUGCUUAUUUUAUAAUUGAAUGUAAAUUUUAACAUUUCCAUUCCAGUUUCACUGUUGUGUACAUGAUUACAUGUAUAUGAUCAUGGAAAUCUUGAACAAUGUCUCAGAUAUUUGCAUAAUACACCAGGCAUUUACUGUUAAGCAUUUUUGUUUCACUAACAAGUUUAAUUAGCUAUAUGCUGGCUCUUAAAUACAUUGAUUGUGCAUGUGACAAAUCAGGUUUUACGCUUAAGAUAAACAAAUUUUCAAAUAUUAUUGAAGUAAUUGCUACGGAAUAUCUGCCAUAUGUUCAGUUUUGUUGAACAGCAAUGCGUUGAAGAAAAAUGUGCCAUUUUAACUUUGU